AUGUAUAAAAUGGAAUAUUCUUACCUCAAUUCCUCCGCCUACGAGUCGUGCAUGGCUGGGAUGGACACGUCCAGCCUGGCAUCGGCUUACGCGGACUUCAGCUCGUGCAGCCAGGCGAGUGGCUUCCAGUAUAACCCCAUCAGGACCACUUUCGGGGCCACCUCCGGGUGCCCGUCCCUCACCCCCGGAUCCUGCAGCCUGGGCACCCUUAGGGACCACCAGAGCAGCCCAUACGCGGCAGUCCCCUACAAGCUCUUCACCGACCACGGAGGCUUGAACGAGAAGAGGAAGCAGAGGCGGAUCAGGACCACGUUCACCAGCGCUCAGCUGAAGGAACUGGAAAGGGUGUUCGCGGAGACUCACUACCCGGAUAUCUACACCCGGGAGGAGCUGGCCCUCAAAAUCGACCUCACCGAAGCCAGAGUUCAGGUCUGGUUCCAGAACCGACGUGCGAAGUUCCGCAAGCAGGAGCGUGCGGCGGCGGCCGCGGCGGCCGCAGCCAAGAACGGCUCGUCGGGGAAGAAGUCCGACGCGUCGCGGGACGAUGAGAGCAAAGAGGCAAAAAGCACCGACCCGGACAGCACCGGCGGGCCCGGCCCCAACCCCAACCCGGCGCCCAGCUGCGGUGGCGGUGGGCCCAGUCCUACGGGAGGCCCCGGCGGACCCGGAGCCGGCGGGCCCGGGCAGGAGGCCGGCAAAGGCGCGCCGUCGGGGCCUGGCGGCUUGGCGGCGGCGGCGGGGCCCGGGCAGGGCUGGGCCCCCGGGCCGGGGCCGAUCACCUCCAUCCCGGAUUCCUUAGGCGGGCCCUUCGCCAGCGUGCUCUCGUCGCUGCAGAGACCCAACGGCACCAAAGGCACCUUGGUGAAGAGCAGUAUGUUUUGA